ACAUUGGUACGUUCUAUUUGGGGUCAAAACAAACUCAGGUAGGACACAUCCGGUCACGUUACUGUCCCCGGCGCACAGUUUUGACGUCACUCAGCCGGCAGCAGCGCAAGAGAGAAGCAUGGCAACCGGAGCUCUAGUGAGAGGCGUUCUGAGUCGGGCGUUAAGAGCCCGCUGCCUUCCCUUGACGCCCAAACAGGGGAGGAGCGUGAGCGUGUGCAUCUCCAGAGGUCCAUCUGGCACCUGGCAUCCUGUGACUCGCUCCAGAACAAGGCCGUCUGCAUUAUGUGCUGCAUCUGGGAGAAGCUACACCACCCAGGCCACCGAGACCAAGGAGGAGGAGGUUCUGCAUACAAUCAUCUCUGAUACAGAGAAUGUGCAAGGUGCUGCCUCCAAACAUGAGUUCCAAGCUGAGACCAAGAAGCUUCUGGACAUUGUUGCCCGUUCACUGUACUCUGAGAAAGAGGUCUUCAUCAGAGAGCUGAUCUCAAAUGGCAGUGAUGCUUUAGAGAAGCUUCGACACCAGCACCUGGCACAAGGUACCGCCCUUUCUGACAUGGAAAUCCACCUACAGACUGACGGCGACAAAGGAACACUCACAAUCCAGGAUACAGGGGUUGGCAUGACAAAGGAUGAACUUCUCUCCAACUUGGGCACUAUAGCACGCUCCGGAUCCAAGGCCUUUCUGGAAGCUUUACAGAACCAGGCAGACAGCUCUAAUAAGAUCAUUGGUCAGUUUGGUGUGGGCUUCUACUCGGCCUUUAUGGUGGCAGACAAAGUGGUUGUUUACUCACAGUCAUCAGAGGCAGGGAGCACUGGAUACUGCUGGAGUUCAGAUGGCUCUGGUGUCUUUGAGUUGGUAGAGGCCAAUGGUGUGCGCCCAGGGACAAAGGUUGUGAUCCAUCUCAAGGAUGACUGUAAAGAAUUUGCCAGUGAGGACAGAGUAAAAGAAGUGAUAACCAAGUACAGCAAUUUUGUCAGUUUUCCCCUGUACCUGAAUGGCAAGCGGAUCAACACCCUGCAGGCUCUCUGGAUGAUGGAUCCCAAGGAGAUCGGGGAAUGGCAGCAUGAAGAGUUCUACAGGUUCAUCGCUCAGGCGUAUGACAAGCCACGUUACAUGCUUCACUACAAGACUGAUGCACCUCUCAAUAUCCGCAGUAUUUUCUAUGUUCCAGAGAUGAAGCCUUCCAUGUUUGAUGUGAGCAGAGAAAUGGGCUCCAGUGUAUCUCUUUACAGCCGCAAGGUACUGAUCCAAACCAAAGCUGCAGACAUUCUACCCAAAUGGCUACGCUUCCUGAGAGGAGUUGUGGAUAGUGAAGAUAUCCCACUGAAUUUGAGCCGUGAGCUGCUUCAAGAAAGUGUUUUAAUUCGGAAACUACGUGAUGUUUUACAGAAGCGGCUGAUUAAAUUCUUCAUCGAUCAGAGUAAGAAGGAUCCAGAGAAAUACGCCAAAUUCUUUGAGGACUACGGGCUUUUUAUGCGAGAAGGAAUAGUGACCACAGCAGAGCAAGAAGUCAAGGAGGAUAUUGCAAAAUUGCUUCGCUUUGAGUCUUCAUCACUUCCCGAAGGCCAGCAAACCAGUUUGACCGAAUACGCCAGCCGCAUGCAGCCAGGAACGAGAAAUAUCUACUACUUGUGUGCACCCAACCGCCACCUUGCAGAGCACAGCCCUUACUAUGAGGCUAUGAAAAAGAAGCAAACAGAGGUUCUUUUCUGUUAUGAGCAAUUUGAUGAGCUCACCAUGCUGCAUCUGCGAGAGUUUGACAAGAAAAAACUCAUCUCUGUGGAGACCGACAUUGUGGUGGAUCACUACAAAGAGGAGAAAUUUGAAGAGAGUACACCAGCAUCAGAGCGUCUGUCUGUGAAAGAGGCUGAGGAUCUUAUGGCAUGGAUGAGAAACGGUUUAGCAACUCGAAUAACCAAUGUAAAGGUCACACCCCGAUUGGAUACUCACCCAGCUAUGAUCACCGUGUUGGAGAUGGGAGCAGCUCGGCACUUCCUGCGCACACAACAGCUUGCCAAGACCAGUGAGGAACGAGCACAGAUUUUACAGCCCACACUGGAAAUCAACACCGGACACGCUCUUAUUAAGAAGUUAUGGCAGCUAAAGGAUGGUGACCAGGAGCUGGCCAAGUUACUUCUGGAUCAGAUAUAUGAAAAUGCAAUGAUAGCAGCUGGGCUUAACGAAGAUCCCCGGCCGAUGAUUGGUCGUCUUAAUGAGCUUCUGACUAAAGCAUUCGAGAAACACUAAUGGAACUUUGUCUUGCCCUGUGCAACGAUAAAGGGAUGUUCAUCUGUCCAUCACGUUGCAUUUGCUUUAAGUAUUUGUCAUGUUUCCUAUGGAAAGCAAUCUAAACAAUUUGCAACAUAAUCUCUGCUUUUUUUUGCCAUUGGUGGAUUUGUCUAUAAUAUAAAUUCUCUACAGACAAACAAAUUCAAUUAAAGAGCAGCAGUGUUUUUGUUUGGAGUACCCCAAAGGCAAAUACGAAGUUCACUGUCAAUUUUUUUUUUUGGUUAAUUUCAUUUUUAUGUUGUAUCUGUCAAAAUUUAAAAAUGUUCUUUGUUUUAGGAUCGCCGGCAUUAUGUGUGAUUUAGUGUUGUCUAGGAUGUGAGUGUGAAGGAUGACUAUUUAUUGUGUUAUGCUUGUGUUGCACCACAGGAGGAGGGAGAUCCAUGGUCAGACACACUGAAGUGGGAGGGCCCAAGGAGUUCUAUAAGAAUAAUGAGUAUUUUUCACUUCCCCUUUGGCCAGAUGGAUGUCAGGAGAUUGGGUUAGAAGGAAUCGUUUGCAGAAAUCCGGUUUGUUAUAAACUAUGUUAACAGAAUAAUCUGAUCCCCCAACAAGGAGUCGGUAAAGGGUUAGUACCCCAGGAGCUCCCCACAGUGGUUCCCUCAGGCUAGAGAGUAGUCUCCUGAUGGUUACAGGUAUAGCACAUUAAAGGAGACAUUUUGUAUGGAAAAACAAGAAUGUACCAGUGCAUUUUACUCUUUUAAAUAUAGAACAAUUGUGCUUUAAAAAAAGUGUUUCUGGUUGAUUUAUUGAAUAUUUCUGCAAAAACCCUAAUAAUCCUUUCACUCUCUUCCACUUCCUGUUUGCUGAAUACUCUGGCAGUGCUGAACUGUAGGAUAGCAACCAAUCAGCAGUUAGGAUGACCUGAUAGGGAACUGAAGCCUGUCUUUUCUUGUAUGACUGCAGGGCUGUGAUUGGCUGCCCCCCCCCCACUCCCCUUCUACUGUGCUUCUGGCAUGGACCAUUUGAAACAUGGUCAGGGAGCAGAGAACAUCUAUGUGAAGACUAGUGAUGAGCAGGUCGACAAUUUCUCGACCCGCCCCCUCCCAAUCCGCACCCGGUCCGCUGCUGCCAAUCUAUUUAUAGACCCACGCCCGCCCCACAGUGAUGUCACAAAAUAAACAAUAAAACGCAUGUCUAUUUUUUUUGGCGCUGGAAGUUCUAGGUCGCGGGCGGGGAGAGCAGGAGAAGAGCUCAACCCAGACCCGCCAGUGACCCGAUUUUGUGCAGGAGUCGGCCCGAACCCACCCGACCCGCAGGUAAACCCGGCCCACACAUCAUUAGUGAAGACAAUAUUAAUUUACAGACAAAAGUAAAACCAGCAGCAUAUAGUAUUCAUUAUUACCUACUAUAUGUCUCCUUUAAUAGAUGCCCAAAGGGUAAAGGGAACAACGGGUGGCUUCUUUCUGUGAUCUGUUACUGAUGACUCUGAGUAUAAGGUGAAAAGGGCUAACUUUGAAGUGUUGUUUAGUUCUAAGGCCCGAAUGUGGAAGAGGGAUACCAAAGCCUUUCUGUGGUUGUAGUAAGAAAAUAAAACUCUAAAAAGUAAUGAAAUAGAAAAUAGUAAUGGAUGAAAAGAAAAUAUUGAGUGUUCUUAAAUAAAGUGCAGGCUUGCUUUUGUAUUUA